CUUGGGCCUGGAGGACCACGCGGCUGCAGCCCCCUCCCGGCCCCGGAAGGUGGCAGGGCUUGGGGGGGCCCCGCCCAAUCCGCGCGUCCGGCUCCGCCCCUCGCUGGAAAGGCUACGUAUUCAGCUCUGGAGGUGCCAUCCCAGGCCGUGACUCCGCUCCAGGUGGGACACCCAACCUGCCCAACCCGCUCCGCCUGCGACCCAGCCCGCGGCCGCCCCCAGACCGUUGUCGGCGCCGCGCCGGAGGCCAGCGCCCCGACGGACGCCCGUGCCCAGCUACCACGCCCACGCCCGGCGCCCCCGGCAGCCCUGCCCGCCAUGGCCCGGAUCCCGACGGCAGCCCUGGGUUGCAUCAGCCUCCUCUGCCUGCAGCUCCCGAGCGUGCUGUCCCGCAGCCUGGGCGGGGACUGGCGUCCCGUCAAACCCAGGGAGCUCCCAGCCCGGACUUCCAGCAGCCUGCAGCCCAGUCACCCCGCACCCCGUCCUGUGAUCUGGAAUCUUCACCAGGCCCUCCAGCCACAAAGGGGUGCCAGCCUGGCCCUUGCUAUGGGUCAGCCUCUCCGGGAUGGUGGUCGCCAACACUCGGGCCCCCAAAGACACUCAGGCCCCCGCAGGCCCCGAGCCCAGCUCCUUCGGGUGGGCUGUGUACUGGGCACCUGCCAGGUGCAGAAUCUCAGCCACCGCCUGUGGCAGCUCAUGGGACCAGCUGGCCGGCAGGACUCAGCUCCUGUGGACCCCAGAAGCCCCCACAGCUAUGGCUGAGGUGGGGUUGGGCCACACCCCUGCCCAUCCCAGCCAGGGUGCUAUGCCCCCGUCCAGAGCUGCAGCUGGGCCCCAUCCCCAGCUCAGUCCAUCAGAGCUGCAGACAGCAGAGCCUGCAGCAAGAAUACCUGCACAGCUUUGCACACAUAAACCCUUGCACACGUGUAGACCGAGGCUGGUCUACACGCAGUGCUGGU